AUGGAGUUCAAAGAUGUAAAUGGAACUGGCGAUUCAUCGGUGAUGAGCAAAUACGAACUUCAUUUACAUCCUUUAGCUGAAAAGGAUUUCAUUGGAAGCAUAAAAAUAGAAUUGGAUUUAAAAAAGAAGCCGGAACAACAAAAUGUGAUUCAAACUGUUGUAAUUCUUGACCGAUCAGGAUCGAUGGGUCAUGCAGCACGUAGAUUGACAAAUGAAAUCAUUCCAAUGGCUUUAUCGAUGCUUUCUUACAAGAAAUUACAAACAAUUCAUUUAAUUACUUUCGAUUCUUUGAGUCAACUUUAUACGGUAACUGUUGAAAGAAUGAAAUCAUUACCGAUCAGAGCUCAAGGUGGAACGAACAUGGCACCAGCUAUCCGAAAAAUUCAGAUAUUGUUUGAAACAUUCCAAAGCGACAAACCUAUUCGAGUGCUUACAAUUUCUGACGGACAAGUUGGGGAUCGACAGGAAACUGAAAAAGCUGCCGCUGGUUUAGUUGAAUUCUUAAAAGAUCGUGAAUUUACUAUUAAUUCUCAAGCUGUCAGAUUUUUCACUUCUGAAACUCAGCCAGACACAAAAGCAUUGUGCAGUUUAUUACAAAUUAACAACACAACAACAUCUCAACUUAUCGACAUUCCAGCUGAAGAAGAAAAUGAAAUAAUUGCAGAACAAAUCGCAUCUUUGUUCAUGUCCGAUAAUUUGUGUGACGGACAAACAUUGUCGACAGAUUCGGAAAUAAUUCUGAAAUUUCCUUGGGAAACUUCGACAUCACAACUUACUUUAGUGCCAGGUGAAAAUGUUUUUUGGCUGAAGGAAAUUCCAUCAGAUGAAAUUAAGAUUGGAGAAGAACCGAUUAACAUUGUCACCGAGACACCUUUGACACUUCCAAAAUUCCAGGCUCUGAUGGAAGGAAAACUUUUCUACAUCGUCGACCAUAUGAAGGUCUUGAAAGUUGUCGGAACAGAAGAAGCCAAUAACAAAAUUGAGAAAAUGGUCAAAUAUUUUCAGAACACUGAAAAUGAUUUGGAAGAUUCAUUCAAUAAUGAAGUUAAAGCAACUCAACGAAAAAUUGCUGAUAUUUUGACUGUCAUUGCAGAUGACAAAACUGUCACAAAUUUGAAUUCAGCACAGAAAGCUGAAUAUUUGAGAGAAUCGUCUUUGUUAACAGAACAACCAAUUGAAGAACAAGCAGAGAUUUCGACUAAUUUCACUAACACUAAAACUGAUUACGCAAUAUCAGAACGAGACAUCAUUUUCCUUGUCUUAUCAUUCUUCUUAGCAAUGAUUGUAAUCAAAUAUUUUUAA